AAGCGCGGGUGUUUUGAGUGCUUGGUUAACUAUGGCAACUGGUUCAUCAGACAGCUUGUUGGAUUCAGAUAAUGAGUCCGAGCGGCACCGUAAAUGUUCUACCUGUUCUUCAAGUUGCAUUAGUUGUUGUCGAAAUUGUCGAGGUCCAAAAGUUUACCAUGCUCGUGUAGUUAAUGUUGGUAGACCAUCGAAGACUCAGAAAUUUCCUUCGAAUCGGAUCAAUAAUCAAAAGUAUAAUGUAAUAAGUUUCAUUCCUUUGGUGAGUGUAGCAGUUACGUUUUAAAGUUGACUAGAUUUUGAAUUAGUGCUCAUUUAACCUUUGGUACUAAUUCUACUUACAUAACGGUAGAGCAUCUCCAAUUUGAAUCCUGAUAAUUACCAGUUAACUAGAUCGAUUUAUACUUCAGUGUGGUUCAUUUACACCAUUAGCUUAGAAAUAUCAUAAACAGUUUUUCAAGUGUAAUUUUCUUAUUAAAGUUAUAUUGUAGAUAAUGGGUAUGUUGAGCUGUGGCCUAGUAAUUAAGCCGCUUGACUGUCAACCGGGUUGUUGAUACGAACUAUGCACCGUUACUUCGGUUCGGGAAGUCCGGGGGUAUCAGUGACUAUCAUACUUAGGUUGACUCAAAGGUGAGUAUGAGUUUAUCCCUAUACAGUAUAGAUAAGGAGAAUUUGUGACGGUCUAUUGGUUUUGUUAGGGACUAUGCUCAUCAGCACUAUUAUGAAUCAAAUUUAAAAGUACUCUUUAUUUUUGGCUACUAGUUCUUAAUACGGUGUUUUUAUACUCUAUUUGUUUAUAAAUGCCUUUAACUGUAUAUUUUGAAAUUACUCUGAUUUAGAAGAAUUAAUCGAUAAGUAGUAGUUAAGGGAAUUAUUUCACGGGUAUAGUUUGACUAAUCCAUGUUAACUCUACUUAAAGAGCCUUUGUUUCAGUUGCUGCGUUCCGAAAGAUUGUAGGUGCAGCAAGCGGAGAACCUAAUAAUUGUUAAUUAAAAUUGUUUUUACUCGUUAUUAAUCUGUAGCCAAUGUUUCAGCAAACUAUAUUUUUUGUGAGAUUUAGUCCUAAACCGCUUAAUGUUGUGAUGGGAGACUUACACAUUCACAUAAACUUAUUAGGAAUCAUCCUGAAACCAAGGAUACACUACGAUACACAACACAGUUUUGAACCACUUGGGAAAUAAGAAUGUUUGUAAGGUUUCAUAUACACCAGAUUGGUGACUACCAAUAGUACUGAAUUGCUGUUUGAGGAUAUCCUGAAAAUUUAUUUGUUCAUAUCUGAAAGCUUGUUUGGUAUGGGUUUACUAUUUGUACAACAUAGUUACAAAUUUAUAGGCUGUUACUUCUGUGGUUUUCGUGUUUUCACUAAUUGUUAAUAGCGAAUCUAUGUGCUUCAUUUGUUUGUACUUUUCAGGUUCUUUUUGAACAGUUCAGUGUAUUUUUAAAUCUCGUCUUCCUUGUAAUUGCAUGUAGUCAAUUUAUUCCCGAACUUGGUGUGGGUCGUCUGUACACAUAUUGGGGGCCACUUGGUUUUGUGAUUGCAAUAACCAUGAUUCGAGAAGCGGUAGAUGACAUUGGAAGAUGGUCUCGUGAUCGCGAUGUCAAUAUGGCUAUCUAUGGAAAGUAUGUCCGCAACAAAGAAGUUUCCGUUAUGAGUUCAGAUAUCAAAGUUGGUGAUCUUAUUCGUUUAGAGAAGAAUCAACGAGUUCCAGCAGAUAUGAUCUUAAUAUGGACAUCAGAUCGAAAUGGUUCUUGUUUUAUACGGACAGAUCAACUUGACGGUGAGACUGACUGGAAAUUACGUUAUGCUAUACCAACUACACAUGCUUUUGUCAGCCGUACUGGUCAUCCAAGUUCAUUGUGGGAUAUGGAAGCUCAAGUUUAUGCUGAAGCGCCGAGACAGAGUAUACAUAAUUUCGAAGGAACGUUCGUUCGUACAGAUGUCAAUCCUACUUCACCAACAGAUUCUGAAGCAUCAGAAGUUUCAUUAAAUAUUGAUCACACACUCUGGUCCAACACUGUACUAGCUACUGGAAGUGCUAUUGGCUUGGUCAUAUACACAGGAUCAGAAACACGUGCAGUAAUGAAUUCAAGUAGAGUCCGCACAAAACGUGGGAAAAUCGAUCAAGAGAUUAACAAUAUCACAAAACUCUUAUUCUGUAUCCUAGUACUUCUGGCUCUUAUCAUGGUUGCACUGAAAGGUUUCAGUGGAUCUUGGUAUAAGUAUUGGUGGCGUUUUGUUGUUUUAUUCUCUUACAUUAUUCCUCUGGCAUUGCGUGUUAAUAUGGAUUUGGCAAAAAUCGUAUACUCUUUUAUGAUAAUGCGCGACAAAUCCCUACCAAACUGCCUUGUUCGUAAUACUAAUAUACCUGAAGAAUUGGGUCGUAUUUGUUAUUUAAUGUCAGAUAAAACUGGUACACUUACACAAAAUGAAAUGGUUUUUAAAAAGCUACAUUUAGGCAGUGUAGCUUUUGCAUCAGAUUCCAUGGAAGAGGUUGUCCAAGGAUUGCGUAAUCAUUUCACUGCUGGUUCCACAAUCGGUAAUUUAUCAGACCAAUUAACUCGUCAAAUUCGUCGUACAACCAAUGAACGUAUGGCUGAUGCAGUAUUAGCCUUAGCUAUAUGUCAUAAUGUUACACCGAUGACAGAAACUUAUUCAAAUCCUGGAUCAAUUGAUGUACCAGGUGGAGAGAGUAAAGAAGCUAUGGCUAUGGUAGAAUUAUCUGAUCCAAUUGGUUAUCAAGCUAGUUCACCUGAUGAAGUAGCUCUUGUUUCAUGGACUGCAACUGUUGGUGUAACACUUGUGUUUCGUGACUUGCACAGAAUGCGAUUACGUCUACCUAAUGACUCUUUUGUUGAGUAUGAAAUCUUGAAUUUAUUUCCAUUUUCAUCGGAAUCUAAACGAAUGGGUAUUAUUGUACGUGAUUAUUCAUCCAAAAGAAUAAUAUUUUAUGUUAAAGGUGCAGAUACUGUUAUGAGUAGUCUUGUAUCCUAUGUGGAUUGGUUAGAAGAUGAAGCUGGUAAUUUGGCUAGAGAAGGAUUACGAACAUUGGUUGUCGCUUCGCGUACUUUAACUGAAGAACAAUACUCAGAUUUCGCACAACGAUACCAUAGCGCUAAAAUGUCUUUAACUGAUCGUGUCGAAAAAAUGCAGUCAGUUGUAGCAACUUUAGAAACAAAUUUAGAAGUUCUCUGUUUAACAGGAGUAGAAGAUAAACUUCAAGAUGGAGUUCGUCCUGCAUUAGAAGCAUUAAGAAAUGCUGGUAUACGUGUUUGGAUGUUGACUGGGGAUAAACUUGAAACAGCUGCAUGUAUCGCUAAAUCUUCUCGUUUAGUCAGUCGUGAUACACCUAUGUAUAUAUUUAAAUCAGUUAGUGGUCGAAUGGAAGCUCAUUUAGAAUUGAACGCUUUUCGUAAACGUUGUGAUCAUGCCUUAUUGAUAACUGGAACAUCAAUGGAAACAUGCUUAAGAUUUUAUGAACAUGAAUUUGUUGAAUUGGCAAGACAAUCACCGGCUGUAGUUGUAUGCCGUUGUUCACCGACACAGAAAACACAAAUUGUCACUUUAUUAAGAUAUCAUACAAAAGCAAGAGUAGCAGCUAUCGGUGAUGGAGGCAAUGAUGUUGGCAUGAUUCAAGCAUCUGAUCUUGGUCUUGGUCUUUUAGGUAAAGAAGGUCGACAGGCUAGUCUAGCAUCUGAUUUCAGUUUAGCACAAUUUAAACAUGUUACACAAUUGUUACUUGUUCAUGGAAGGAAUUGUUAUAAAAAUACUGCUGCAUUGGCCUUGUUUGUUAUUCAUCGAGGUUCCAUUAUCACAGUCAUGCAAGCGAUAUUUUCAGCCGUUUUCUAUUUUGUUGCAAUACCGUUAUUCCCAAGUUUUCUAUAUGUUGGUUAUGCCACAGUGUUCACUAUGUUCCCUGUAUUUUCAUUGGUGCUUGAUAAGGAUGUACCGGAUCGUAUUGCUCUAACUUACCCUGAAUUAUAUAAAACUUUACAGAAAGGUCGUGAAUUAACUUUUAAAACAUAUUUCAUCUGGCAGUUGAUUAGUGUUUAUCAAGUGUUAUCAUGUAUGGUGCAUUGUUACUUUUCGAAGAUGAAUUCAUUCAUGUAGUAGCUAUCACAUUUACAGCUUUAUUAUUAACAGAAUUACUUAUGGUAGCUAUUACCAUACGUACAUGGCAUCUUCUAAUGAUUUUAGCGGAAGUUAUCAGUUUAGCAAUUUAUAUAAUGGCUUUGAUUGUCAUGAAAGCAUAUUUUGAUUCAGUAUUUCUAAGAACAAUUGGAUUUGUUUGGAAAGUAUUAGCUAUCACUGGUGUCAGUUGUAUACCAAUAUUAAUAUUGAAAUUUAUUCAUUAUAAAUUUAGACCAUCGAUUUAUUCAAAACUACAAUAGAAUGUUAUGUUCUUCUGUUGAAUGAAUUCAUCCAUCCACAAACACACACACACACAGACACAUCCAUUGAAUUCUCUAUCAAUGACAAAUGAACUAGAUUUUCACAAACAUUUUUUUUUCUAAAAAGUCAUUCAGUUACUACUUAAAUUUUGUUAUUUUUUAUGUGACUUUUUAUUUUUCAACUCAUGUCCUGUAAUGAAUAACUACGAUUUCGAGAUGUUAUUGAUGAUGAUCGUGAUGAUGAUGAUGAUGAUGAUGAUGAUGAUGUACGACUCUGACAUGCCUAAAUUGUUGUAAACACUGUGAUCUUUUAUACACCAUCGUCCAUAUCUUUAUCUAUGUGUAAACCUAAAAUCGGUUACAUAUUUUCUUUCAUUCUUCUUUUCUUUGUUGUAACUUUCUUUUUAAACUUGUGAUUGAUUUUUUUUUAAUCAGAGAAUAGAUGAUACAACAUUUGUUUAUCAACAUAAGUACAAUGUCGUCUCUCUUUUUUUUCCCGUAGAACUGGCAUAUAUCUAUGCAAACAAUUCAACACUGAAAGAAAAAAAAAUAUCGAACAAGAGUUUAACAAUUAUUCGUCAAGAUUGAUUGAGUAUUGAUCAUUAUUGUUGUUACUGUCACAGAUCCUACACACUACUACUACUACUACUACUACUACUAUUACUACUACUACCUAUACUACUGUCAUCAAAUAAAAACACACAAAGUGAUUAUGAUGCCUGUACUAUUUGUAUGUAUGUGUAAGGUGCACGCUAUUUGAUGAUUCUUAUCUAAUGUAACCAAAUUUUUUUUAUUUAUUCAUGUUGUUUCUUGAUCUUUGAUUAAGUUGUGUGCUAUUCAUUUCGCUUCUCUUUUUUUUUAAAAAAAAAGACAGAAAGAAAACGUUUUAUUUAUUGUCAUUGUAAUUUCUUGUUGAAUAAAUUCAUUAUUGAUGUG